UAUUACUUUGGAGACUUAUUCACUUGAUAUCACUUUGAUUGGAUGGUUUCUCUCAAAUCUCCAAAACAGAAUAAGACUUAACUAUAACAUUAGUUUACUGAACUAUUUAUUACUUUUAGUCUGGAAAAGCUACUAUUUUCAUCUCAACAGAACUUGAAGACUCAAAUCAAAAUGUAUUGUGGAGCUUAUCAGACACAAGGAACGAUUUUUCCCGCUCCGAAUUUUAACCCUAUUAUGGAUGCCCAGUUGCUAGGAGGAGCCCUACAGGGAAUUAGUUGUGAAAAAGAUGUGUUGAUUGAUAUCCUAACUCAGCGUUGCAACUCCCAGCGGCUUAUGAUUGCCGAGGCAUACAGGGACAUGUAUGGCAGGGAUCUGAUAACAGACCUAAAAGAGAAUCUCUCUCAUCACUUCAAAGAAGUUAUGGUUGGCUUGAUGUAUCCACCUGCCUCCUACGAUGCCCACGAGCUCUGGCAUGCCUUGAAGGGAGUAGACACAGAAGAAAAAUGCCUAAUUGACAUAUUAGCCUCAAGAUCAAACACGGAGAUCUUCCAGAUGAAAGAAGCCUACCUAAUGCAAUAUAAUACUGAUCUUCAACAAGAUAUCAAUUCCGAGACUUCAGGGCACUUCAGAGAUACGCUCAUGAACCUUGCUCAGGGAACAAGGAUGGAAGGAUAUGCAGACCCUUCUACGGCUGCUCAGGAUGCAAUGAUUCUAUGGGAAGCAUGUCAGCAGAAAACAGGCGAACACAAAAACAUGCUGCAAAUGAUUCUCUGCAACAGAAGCCACCAGCAGUUGUGGAUGGUUUUCCAGGAGUUCCAAAAUAUCUCUGGGCAAGACAUAGUAGAUGCCAUUAACGAAUGUUACGAUGGAUACUUUCAAGAAUUACUGGUUGCAAUAGUCCUCUGCAUUCGUGACAAGCCUUCCUACUUUGCUUACAGGCUUCAUAAUGCAAUUCAUGACUUUGGGUUUCACAAUAAAACAGUUAUUAGAAUUCUCAUCGCCAGGAGUGAGAUUGACUUGAUAAAUAUACGGCAGCGAUACAAAGAAAGAUAUGGGAAAUCACUCUUCCAUGACAUUAAACAUUUUGCAUCAGGGCAUUAUGAGAGUGCUUUACUUGCUAUCUGCGCUGGUGAUGCAGAAGAUUAUUAAGUAAGAAGACGAACUUUGAAGAGUGCAAAUCUAUUUUAAAUAGAAAUUGAAGCUAUACACAAUGCAGUAACUGUAAGAGAUCCCUACCUUACAUAAUAGAUAGCAAAAUCAGUACUAUACAUCUGCUAAUACUAAAUCUUUCUUGAGGCAAGAAAAAGAUAUUGGCAGGAAGCUGGUUUUAUUCCUAGUUCUAAUUAAUAUUUCUGGGUUUACGAUUAAUGUAAAUUAAUGAAGCAAGUGGUAAAAUUACUCCAUGUGAGCAUAUGUUUAUCAUUUCGUGUCACAACACUCCAAAUAUUUGUCAACAGGCUCUGGAAGAACCUACUCACUUCCACACUGGAGUAAGAAAAAAAUAUUUUGCUUUCUUUAAUUUUAUCAGCAGGAUUUCUUCCUUUAGGUGAAUUUUUUCUGCUCUUUUCUACUUCUUAUACCUCAUAUUUUAUGCUCUUGAACAUUAUUGUUUUAGUUACUAUCAAAUUAAGCAUCUGCCCCGCCUGUUAUCAGUGACUCACCAGAAUCCUUUAGUAUUCUCUUUCAUUUGGCCCACAUAGUUCAUGGCAUUUCCCUUAUUCUGUUCAAAACAAAAGAAAAAAUUAUAAUCAAGUACCCAAACCAUUCUUGAUUCAGUGCCACACAGUGGAAAACCCUGGAAAGCGAAACAUUACUUAGCUUUGAGCAGAGAAGUUCCAUGGAAUUAAACUCUGAAUUCCAUCUGUACCUAUUUCAUUUUAAUCAUUAAUUAAAUAUUGACCUUCAGAGCAUGGAGGUAUAUCCAGGAUGCCCUGGGUGGUUUAAUUCAGGAGCAAACUACUAAUCGAUGACACUGCACCUCCAAAUGAGGCUGAAGGAUGUGGCGCUCCCUGGAGUACCUGCAAACACAGGCUGACAACACCUGGUGACAGCAAGUCACAUCGCAAGGAAUAAAGACAGCAGAGCUCAGCCUCGAGUCCCCGUUCCACAAGAGAACGUGGCGCUGCUUUUUAAACACCUCGAGUCUAUGGAAGGCAGCCUAUCCAUGCGACUUCCCAGCCUGUGUGCACGUACCUGCUCUCAGCAUCUUACGGACAUAGAAAUGAGGGAAAGUGUGGUAAUAUUCACUGAAAUAUCUGCCCUUAGUUUUUGGCCUGCAGCCACAAGGUGUCCGACCGGGAAGAACCGUUCUCCAUGUUUUUACACGGGCACUUCCGCAGGUGCAGCUCAGUGAGAC